UGGUGGCGCAGUGGUUGGGAGUCCGCCUGCCGAUGCAAGGGACGCGGGUUCGUGCCCCGGUCCGGGAAGAUUCCACAUGCCGCGGAGUGGCUGGGCCUGUGAGCCAUGGCCGCUGAGCCAGCGCGUCCAGAGCCUGUGCUCUGCAACGGGAGAGGCCACACACACACACACACACACACACACACACAAAUUUUAACAGUGUUAAAUGGUGCCAGGAGGUCAAGCAAGAUAAGAACUAAGAUGCCACCAAGGGAUUUACCAAGAAGGGGUUUGUUAGAGACCCUGGUGAGAACAGCUUCUCUGGGUGGGUGGGUCAAAGAAUAGGAAAUGCACAUUAUCCCAAAGCAGGGCUAAAAUGGAAAGAAGAGGUAGCAACCAGAGGCAGAGGAAACAGGAGAGAUCUGAGCAUACCGGGAGGUGACUAGAAAAAAGCCCAGAGUCCUCCCUGGUGUAUAAGAUGGCUUGAGGUGGUUUACAGUAAAAAUAUACCCAUUCACCCCACAGAUCCUCACAGGGUCCUCCUCUUAAGUACCCCAGACCCGUUUCUCCUGCUUUUCCUCCUUGUGUUACAUCUGGAAACUUUGGCAGUCACUGGGGGUCACGGAGGACAAAGUGGUCAGGUCUAAACAGACUCCUGGACCUGCCUGCUUUAUCAGGAUGCCAAGAGACCACAAGAGAGCAGAACCCCUGGGAACCAGUCAGCAGCCAAGGCAGGGUAGAGAGUACUAACAGUCAGGGACCUGGGUUGCAGUCCUGCUUCUGCACUCCAUAACCUGCCAUCCCACAGAAUUCCUCUCCGAGAUCUUGAGGGAUCCAGGAAACAGAUGGCCUGGGUUUGAGUGCAGGCUUCACCAAAGCACUACGGUGUGGCUUGGGCCUCGGUUUUCACUUCUAAGAGGCACCGUUUUAAGGGGUAACCUAGAACAGCUGUGAGCUAACCCCUUGGCACACAGCAAGUGCUCGGUAGAUGCCAGUAUCACCGCCUCUUGUCCUGCCCAGGCAUAGCCUCUCGCUCCACACCGCACCUUGCAGAGUGGGCGGGAGGUCCCCACGCUCCGGCCAGCGCCCCCGCUCCAGCCGCCAGGGCGCGGGCGGCCUGUCGCGACAGCGGCGGUGCAUUGUGGGGCUUGUAGUGCGGGGCUCUGUUGGGUGGGUGGGCGCGGCCGAGGCAGUUCGCAGCGGGGCCAUCUUCGGCAGGCCGGCUGGCUCGGCCUGUGGAGCCGGCAGCCGCGCCCCUCGCCCGGCCCGAUGGCGCCGCGGCCGCUAAGCCCUUUGGUGCUGGCGCUGGGUGGUGCGGCGGCCGUGCUCGGUUCGGUGAUCUUCAUCCUCUGGAAGACCUACUUCGGCCGCGGACGGGAGCGGCGCUGGGACGGAGGCGAAGCCUGGUGGGGCACGGAGCCUGCCCGCCUUCUGGAGUGGGACGAAUGGGACCCCGAGGACGAGGCGGACGAGGAGCCGGCGUUGGAGGAGUUGGAGCAGCGCGAGGUGCUGGUGCUGGGGCUGGAUGGCUCUGGGAAGAGCACGUUCCUGCGCGUGCUGGCCGGGAAGCCACCGCUGGAAGGCCACAUCCCCACCUGGGGCUUCAACUCCGUGCGGCUGCCCACCAAGGACUUCGAGGUGGACCUGCUGGAGAUCGGUGGCAGCCAGAAUCUGCGCUUCUACUGGAAGGAGUUUGUGAAUGAAGUGGACGUGCUGGUGUUCAUGGUGGACUCGGCUGACCGGCUGCGAUUGCCCUGGGCCCGACAGGAGCUGCACAAGCUACUGGACAAAGACCCUGACCUGCCUGUUGUCAUCGUGGCCAACAAGCAGGACCUGAGCGAGGCCAUGAGUGUGGUGGAGCUGCAGCAGGAGCUGGGCCUUCAGGCUGUCGAUAACCAGCGGGAAGUCUUCCUCUUGGCAGCCAGCGUUGCCCCUGCAGGAGCCGGCUUUGAAAAUCCUGGCACUGUGCACAUCUGGAGACUGCUCCUGGAGCUUCUCUCCUAGGCUGGUACCCACCUGCUCACCAGCCAGCCCUGGGACGCCAGUUCUGCUCCUCCUGCUUCUUCAUCCCCAGCCGGGGCCUGGUGCACAGGCUAUGUGGCAGCACUUCCCUUCUCCCCUCCUCGCCCUCUCAAGAGCAGGGCCUGGGCAAGGCCAGGAACCAUAUGGAAGCCUUCCUGGUGAGCUAGCCAUGAGGCUGAAGCAGGGAGGCGGGUGAGGCUGAGGGUGGGAGAGAACAGUGUCUUGCCCAUUCUGGGCUGGGAGUGAAUCCCACUUUCACCAGGGAAGGCAGCCUCGUCCUCUGACCUGUACAGUGAGCUGCUCAGCAGGCUUAGUUCUCCCCGCCCUAUAGGUCCCAGUGGUUGAGGACCGGUGUAGGUGUCCAAAGUAUGCCCAGUCUAGACCAUUCCCUCCUGGUGACUUCACACCCCUCUAAUGUGGGCAGGCUCUGGGCAGUACACUGUGAGCUCAGACCCCCACUCCUGCAUUAUCCUCCAACCCCAGCUGGCUCAUGGCCUUGUGCAAUCCCUCCCUCUCUGGCCCCAGGGCCAUCCUUUUUAAAGAGAAGUGAUUUCUAUGUUUUUUUUUUCUAACUUGGAGAUGUAUUUCCCAGCCAUGAAGAUAAGAAGCUCAAGGAUGAACCUAGAGAUCCUAGCAAGGAGCUUUCUGAAACCUCCCUGCUUCCCCGAGGUUGAGGCCUGGCCCACCAGCCUCUUGACUACAGAGUAAGUGGUAUUCACCCGCUAAUCAGAAAAAUUGAAAGCUUCCCCCAGCCCCCCACCCCACCAAAAUCUGGAGACAGAAGCUGCUGCUCUUACACUAACUGUGCCAAUGCCUAUGUUUACAUAAGUCUGGGGAAGGAAGGAGCCUACCUGUGUCCCUGGGAAGAAGACUGUCAGCGGAGCGGGAUGUUGACCUGCAAACUGCAUUUAAUUAUUUAUUUAUUUAUAAAAGGAACAGGCCAACGUUUAGGCUCUGUUUCUAGGUGCUGUUAUUAAAACCCCAGAUGAUUGUCAUGGAAAAUUUGGGUCUUUUGAGGAAAAUAACUGGAAUCAUGAAUGACAGUGUGGUAAGCUACAUGUGUCAGUGGAGACAGAGCUCGCACUCCCUUGACCCUCUGUGGCUGUAAUUGAUGUCAUAAUACUUCACGAUGAUCCAUAUGAACUUGAACUCCACCACUUGGCCCAGUAGUCAAAGGGACACGAACUCUGUGUAGGUAACAUGAUUCUGGGAGAGGCAAUUUCAUCAUAGUUAUCCAAAUAAAAAGAAAUGAGAAUUAGCAGACCAACCAACAGGGUAGCCUUGGGUACCUCACUCAGCCUUUCUAGACCUGCUGAUUGCCCAGCUAAGGCAAAGUUGGACAGAAUUUCUGCUCUCCUCUCCAGUACACAUUCCAUGAUUCUCCUGUUUCCAGUGAUCAGCCAGUUUAAGGACUGUCUCUGUAUUGACACUUCUCUUUAGUGCAGGCAAAAGAAGGAGUCUUUUGUCUGUCAUGGGCCACUGAACUGUCACCGCCACAAAUGGGCCUUUUUUUCAAGGAGAUAUCCAACUCAGUUUGCUUUUUAAUUGAGAACAGAGAUGUGCCUUUGUUUCAUUUGACAUUUACUCAGUGUGCUGCAGUUCCAUGCUGUGGCCGGUGCAAGAGGGGCGGGCAGGCCGGGAAGGUGGGCUGUAGGUGUCUCAGAAUAGAAUCACUUUCUUUGAAAUUCCGAUUAACUUUCUGUUUUAAGAAUUGAUUUGACUGAUUUUAUUUUAAAUAUUUCGGGAAUGACUUGGGUUUUAGAGUAGACUUUGAAGCUCUGCUGACACUUUUCAUUUCGCCAUUAGAAGGUUGAGAGACUUUACUUCUCUGUUCUAUGAACUCCACGUCGUCCUCUAGUACUUAAAAGUUACCUUUGGAGCCAGCAUUGUUGAGGGGGGCACCCUUUUCUACUAAUUAAGAUCUGCCUUUGGUCUAAUGAGUAUCACUAUGUAGUACAGUUUUUAAAGUCCCCACUGUGGGGAGGUGAACUUGAAUAGAGUUUAACUAUAUGUACUUUAGCAACUUUCAAAGACCACUCUCAGAACUGACAGAUCCCAGUGGCACACCAGAAGACACCACUGAGGAGCACUGAAGGUCCGGGUUGCCACGCCCUGGUACUUGCACAGUGUAUAGACGUUCUGUUGGCCUGUGGCUGUGCCUCACGUGUGGAGCUGCUGGCCUAUCCUGGCUGGGUGGCAAACAGUACUCAUCUGCUCCAGUUCCUACCAGGACCAGAUUGGGCAAAGUGGGGGAAAGGCCUUUCUUAAGAACAGCUAACUGCCUGGCCUUGUGGUGCUCUUACCUAGUUGUUCCUGAAUGUGACUUUGGUUCUGGAGCCCAGAUGACUGCUUUAGGGAACCAGUCAUUACCUGGAGCUGUUCAUCUCAAAGUGAGGUUCCUGACUAGUCUGGGUGACGCUGUGUUCCCCCUACUGCCCUGACUCUACCUGAGCUUGGGAAUAGGGAGUGAAUGGCUGGGCAGCUCUCAUAUUCUAAUGAAGACCAUACAGUGCCCACUUCACAUGGGAAGGAAGUUUCUGCACCUACUUGCUGGUUGAACCUGUGCCUGGAUCACUUACCCUGGCUCUAGGGGCUUCUGUUCUUAAGAGUUAUUUAAAUGAAACCAUGGCUUCUGACCUGCUGCUAUCCCUCUGAAGAGAGGCCAGCCUGGCCCAGAGCUUGGACAUGUGGAUGGUCUAGGCAAGAGGGAUCCUGAGGCUGCUGGGACCAUCACCUUGGACCGGCCGCCUAUUUAAGAAGCCACCUCUGGCACUUCUUGGUGCCCAGAACUGCCCGUUGCAAGCUUGUGCUGACACAUUGGUAUCCAGCUGUAAGGACUGGGGAGGAGGUGAAGUUGGUCCAUCCUGGCCUCCCGAUCCUCCGCAGAGAAAUGCUAAUGAAAAAUCUCACAACUCUAGCCUGUCUGUCUGAAUGAAACCCCAGGUUCUCCAGAAGAAUGUUUCCACUUGCCUUUGGGAAACAUUUUGUUCUUAUGCUAGUUUAGUAGCAACUGCCAGCAUCUCGAACCAGCUGCUAAAACUCGCCUGUGGUGUCCAUUGUCCUCAUCCUGCCCCAGACCUCAGACCUGGGCAAUCUGAGCAGUCUGCCUCUCACCUUUGCUGUGUGCUCCCACAUCCUCUUAAGUCCCUUCUAGUAACUGAAAAGGGGAACCUCCAAGUUUUCCUGCUGCCUCCAGGAGGUGGGCCCAUUAAGGGACAAGGGGAAGAUUGCCGUCAAAGAUCUGAGGUAAAGGAGGCUUGCUGUCCCAGCCCAUGCCCUGUGAACACGGACCCACAAACUGCAUAAAACGGAGUGUUGGUGGCUGUUUGAGGUAUACAAUAAACGCCAAAAAUUUGGAUAUGGUUUCACAUA